CCCGGGGCCGGAGCGGGCGGCGCGGGGCCUACGGGCGGUGGGCGCCGCCGCCGCCGCCGCCAUGUUCCGGUACCAGUCCCUGGAGGACUGCCCUCUGGAUGAGGAUGAAGAUGCCUUCCAGGGCCUGGGGGAGGAAGAUGAAGAUAUUGACCAAUUCAACGAUGACACAUUUGGAGCUGGGGCUGUCGACGAUGACUGGCAGGAGGCACACGAGCGACUGGCAGAGCUGGAAGACAAACCAGUGGCCAACAGGGAGCAGGAUGGACCCAGUGGGGAGGAUUCAGACUUGCUGGGUGAGCCUGAGGACACCUUGGCUGAACGCCUAACCAGGCUGGUCAUCGACAGCGAGCUGGAGGACCCUGCCAUCAUGCAGGCUGUGCAGACCAAGGUCCCCACACAGCAGCCUGGAGGGUUGAAUUCUAGCAUCUGGGACAGCUCGGCAGUCCUGCGGCGGAUCCGGGGGCCUCUUCUCACUCAGGAGAUGCCCUCUGUGUCUGUGCUGGACUAUGCCCUGCCUCAGAGACCCCCUCAAACUCGAGAGGAGGAGCGGGACCCCUCGGAGCGGGCACUGCCCCGCCGCUCGUCGUCCCCUGUCAUCGGGAGCCCCCCAGUCCGGGCUGUUCCCAUUGGCACCCCUCCCAAGCAGGCUGCAGCGCCCAACUUCAACCAGCAGAUCCUGUGUCCAAAGCCUGUCCACAUCCGAGCUACGAUGCCGCAGCGCUACCCUGCUCCCUAUGGCGAGAGGAUGUCUCCCAACCAGCUCUGCAACGUCCCGAAUUCCUCCCUUUUGGGCCAUCCCUUCCCUCACAGUGUCUCUCCCGUCCUCACCCACCUGCAGAGAGCACAGCUGCUCGGAGGAGCCCAGGCCGGCCGCAUGUCCCCCAGCCAGUUUGCUCGUGUCUCUGGGCUGGUUGGGAGCCCCCUUCCCUCCGUCAAUCCCAAGCUGCUGCAGGGCAGGGUUGGGCAGAUGAUGUCUCCUGCCAGCGGGUUUCGUGCCUUUUUUGGGGCUCCCCCAGCUCCCUCACAGCCGCAGCACCCACCGGGCCCAGCCUCCCACCUGCAGAGCCUCAGGCCCCAACCCCAGAUGUUCCGGCCUGAUACCACCCACCUGCACCCCCAGCACCGCCGGCUCCUGCACCAGCGGCAGCAGCAGAGCCGAAACCAGCACCGGAGCCUCAACGGCUCUGUUGGGGACCGAGUGGGCCACCGGAGCAACCAGCAGGAGCGUAAAGAUCCCUACGCCAACCUCAUGCUGCAAAGGGAGAAGGAUUGGGUGUCCAAGAUCCAGAUGAUGCAGCUCCAGAGCACUGAUCCCUACCUAGAUGACUAUUACUACCAGAAUUACUUCCAGAAGCUGGAGAAGUUGGCAGCAGCAGAGGAAGUCCACGGGGAUGGUCCCAAGAAGGAACGCACUAAACUCAUCACACCUCAGGUGGCAAAGCUGGAGCACACCUACAAGCCAGUGCAGUUCGAGGGCUCGCUGGGGAAGCUCACAGUCUCCAGCGUCAACAACCCUCGCAAGAUGAUCGACGCGGUGGUGACCUCUCGCAGCGAGGACGAUGAGACGAAGGAGAAGCAGGUUCGAGACAAGAGGCGCCAGACCCUUGUCACGAUCGAGAAGACCUACAGCCUCCUCCUGGAUGUGGAGGACUACGAGAGACGCUACCUCCUGAGCCUGGAAGGCGAGCGGCCGGCCCUGAUGGGUGAGAGGAAGCAGAAGAUCUGUGACAUGUAUGACAACCUGAGGGGGAAGGCACCUGGGCAGGACAGGCCAAGUGAUGACCACUUCAUGCAGAUCAUGUGCAUCCGCAAAGGGAAGCGCCUGGUGGCCCGGAUCCUCCCCUUCUUGUCACCUGAACAAGCAGCUGAUGUCCUCAUGGCAACAGCCAGGAACUUGCCCUUCCUCAUCAAGAAGGAUGCUCAGGAUGAGGUGCUGCCCUGCCUGCUGAGGCCAUUUUCACACGUUCUCUACCACCUCCCCUUGGGAACUGUCACCAGCCUUGUGCAGCAGCUAACGAACCUACCUCAGAGCGCGACCGCGUCGGCGCCCACCAACCUGCACCUCACUGCUGUGCUCCAAAACAAGUUCGGUCUGUCCCUGCUGUACUUGGUCCUGAGCCGUGGGGAGGAGCUGCAGAGCUCAGAUGCGAACACAGAGCUGAUGCAGGACAACCAGUGGACUGAGCUGAUGCUGAUGGCAACCCGGGAGCUGCUGCGGAUCCCUCAGGCUGCCCUGGCCAAGCCUGUGUCCACCCCUUCCAACCUGAUCUCCCUCUUCUCUCGCUACGUUGACCAGCAGAAGCUGAACCUGCUGGAGACAAAAUUGCACUUAGUGCACGGGAUCCGGUAGAUCUCCUCGGCACGGAGUGAUCCAGAGGAUGGAUGGGACGGAUGGAGGGCAGGCGGAUUCCCCACCCCCCCACCUCACCCUGACACCCAGCUCGGUGCCCCCUACCCCAAAAUCCUAUCUCAGGGUGGGCUGGGGGAGGGGAGUGUGUGUGUGUGUGUUUUGGCUGCUCCCCCCAACAACAUGCUGCCUCUCCCUGCUCUGCCCCCCCCCUUCCCUUCUUUCCUCUCUUUCCCACCCAAAAGAAGGCUGCUCCUCCCCACACACGCACACUACGGGCAAAGAGGGGGGUGGGGCUGGGAGAAGCUCCCCCUGGCUUUGUUUGUGGGGCAGCAGGGUACCCCUACCACCCCCUGCUGAGCACUGAGGCUUGGUUCCUGUCAUGCCCAUGCCUCCACCCCGGCUGCGUGAACGCUGGUGCACACUUUUUUUGCACACUUGCCUUGGUCUUCCCCAAAAAUCAGCUCCUUCCCUCACUCCAGGGUCAGGCCCAGCAGCUCCUGGUGAGGAGAGGAAGUGGAAGGGAGGGGGCGCUGUAAUUGUGCUCUCCCCACACCCCUUUUUCUUCUCCUUAAUCCAGGUGGGUUCUGCUGUUCUGCUCCUGGGGACUAAGGAGGGAGGAGGAGGGGGGGAGGGUUUGAUUUUACUUCUUGCUUUUAAAAAAAGAGAAAACAAAAGAGAUUUGCACAUUGUAGGUAUUUUACACCCAGUAACUUCUCCCUGCCAUUAACUGACCUCCCCUCCCGGCUUGCCCUCUGCCCUCCCUCCCUCUGACUGAUCAAGUGGAAAGUUCAUUUAUUUUAUUUUAUUUUCCUUUGUGCUUUUUUUUGUUUUGUUUGUUUCUUCCCUUCCCUCCUCUCAAUUUUUGGUUCUGGUUAAUGAGAAUAAAGUUUCUAAAUUUACAUUUUUAUAGGGUAUUGUAAAUAAAGAGGAAUUGUAUACUGCCA